CCGGUGGCCCGGUGGCCCGGGGCCCGCCCGCCGCAGCCAGAGGGAUGGUGGUUAUCACGGGGCAAGAGCCAGCCAGAGGACACCCGGACGAUGCCAUGUCCAGCAGCUCGGACGCCGAGGAUGACUUCCAGGAGCCCGCCACCCCCACGGCCACCCGGGCCCAGGACGCCCUGCCCCUGCUGCCCCAGCAGUUCCCUGAAGUGGUUCCGCUGAACAUCGGGGGGACACUCUUCGCCACCCGCCUGUCCACCCUCCGGCGCUACGAGGACACCAUGCUGGCGGCCAUGUUCAGCGGGCGGCACUACAUCCCCACGGACGCCGAGGGCCGUUACUUCAUCGACCGCGAUGGGACCUUCUUCGGGGACGUCCUGAACUUCCUGCGAUCCGGAGACCUGCCGGCUCGGGCCCGGGUGCAGGCGGUCUACAGGGAGGCCCAGUACUACGCCAUCGGGCCCCUGCUGGAGCAGCUGGAAGAGGUGCAGCCUCUCAAGGGUGAGAAGGUGCGGCAGGCCUUCCUGGGCCUCAUGCCCUACUACAAAGACCACCUGGAGCGGAUCGUGGAGAUCGCCGAGCUGCGGGCGGUGCAGAGGAAGGCGCGCUUCGCCAAGCUGAAGGUGUGCGUCUUCAAGGAGGAGAUGCCCGUCACCCCCUACGAGUGCCCCCUCCUCAGCUCGCUGCGCUUCGAGCGGAGCGAGAGCGACGGGCAGCUCUUCGAGCACCGCUGCGAGGUGGACGUGUCCUUCGGGCCGUGGGAGGCCGUGGCCGACGUGUACGACCUGCUGCACUGCCUGGUCACGGACCUGGCGGCCCGGGGCCUGACCGUGGACCACCAGUGCAUCGGCGUGUGCGACAAGCACCUGGUCAACCACUACUACUGCAAGCGCCCCAUCUACGAGUUCAAGAUCACGUGGUGGUGAGCGCCACCCGCGCUACUCGGACGGACGUCUCCCCCCGACCCCGGGCGGCGGGGCGACUCUCCCGACCCACGGAGGUGCCCGGCCCCGGGAAGAGAGCCGGGUGCCACGGUUCGGUCGGCCGCUGCCGUGAGGGGCGGCCCGUGGCACCAGGGCGGGGGAGACCGCGACCCCGUCUGCAUCCUGAGCCGUGUCCGGGCCCCGGCCCCGUCUCGCCCGGAGUCUGGCGGUUCCCGCGGCUGGCAGUGCCAGCGGGGACCCUGGGUUUGAUGGCUGCUCUCCUAGAAUUCACCCCUGAGCCCAUCUUUCACCCCGAUGCAUGGGUCUCAGGGACGCCGUGUCCCCAACCCCAAGGGAGGCCUCUUCCCCAGCAGGGCCUCCCGCCCGUCUGUCCAUCCAGUUUGGGGAACCCCGCGCGGUCUGCCGAGGGCAGCCUGGGCCAAAGACAGCGGUUCCCCCCUUCGGGGGAGCACUGCCUUCCUCUCUGACUCCGUCUCCUCACCUCUGCCCCGGGCCAACCGGAGCCUCCGAAUCCCUGCCAGUGUUUCGGGCACCCAGCCAAAGCUGGACCCCCGUGGCGAAAACCCAGCUCCAAAACCAGGGCGUCCCAUCGAGCUAACCCCCUGACUGCUCUCCCGACACCCCAUCCUGGGGGAUGGGCCUCUGACUCUGCAGAUGGGAAAAAGGGGCAGAGUGGGGACCCCCCAGGACCACUCCCAGCCCCUCCUGGCUUGGUGAUAGCUGGGAGGAGCCGUGAGCCUCCGUGAACCGGAGCUUGGCUCCGCUGUCCAGCUCCCAGGCUGCUCUCUCCGCCCUUCCCGCCCCCACCUAGCCUCACCUCCAGACCCCCACCAACCAGGGCAGAACGCAGGGGGCCCAGAGAAAGGAGUUGGAAGGUCGAGGAUGGAGAUCCCCCUGACAGUCUGCCUCCCUCUGCCUCCCCCUCGGGCCUAGAUGGUCCCUCGGAUCUGGCCCCUUCACCACCUCCCUCCAGGGAUCCCACUGGGCGCCUGUGCUCAGCCUAGAGGAGUGGGAAGGGGUCCAGGGAGAGACCCCAGAGGGGGAAAGCUGCUCUGUACAGCUCUCAGCUCCCUCCACCGUUUCUCCCUCCCCGGCAGGCUGGGAGAAGGUCUCUCUCCAAAAUGUGGGUAGAGUCGGGGGGGCCCCCUUCGACCCUCCCACCCCCUCGUCUCCGUCGAAACAUCUGUCGCUGAUAUUUCUUGCAGGGUUUCUCCUUCCUGCCUUGCCUAACUAAAUAACCGAACGAACCCGACUAACUCUGGCUUGUUUCUCAACGGAUUCGGAGGGGAACUCUGUGGGAGGAUUCUGGAAGGAUGACUCUUGUGGCCCUGGUCUCGCUCUCCCUUGCCCCGGCCCUUCCCCCCCGCCCCCAAGGAAAUUCUUGAACGUCGGCGGCCCUUGGGGUGGUCAAGGACCUGGUUGGGCUAGGGCCUAGGCCUGGGUCCUGCGGCCUGUAGCAGUCUAUAGGGAUCCCUUUGUACAGGAAAUCAUUCCGAGCGUGGGCAUGGCAAAUGCUGGGAACCUCGGCUCCAGGAUCAGUGUUCCCAGCCCGGUUCCUCUGCGGCCCCUUGGGCUUUCUCCCCCUUGGCCCUGCUCUUCUGCUC